UUCAUCCGGCCUUCGGGCGGGUUCACCAUUGGACUCGUCGUUGCAUGUUGAUCUCGCCGCGGGUCGUAAAUAUAUUUUGUACACCAACGAAUCUAAACUCCGUCCGUGAACCGAACAUUAUUAAUCAACGAAUCUUUUUUCCUGGUGCCAGAAAUCAGUAGUUUGUUAUUCCUCUCCCUGGUAUAGGCAGAGGAAGACGAUGGAUUCUCUUCCAAUCCCGCUUAAUUAUUCGAACUGACCAGAGGCUUUUGGAUUCUCUGUCCUUGUCUCGCAAGGCCGCUGAAAGUGAUGGCACCUGAUAGUUUAAUUAUUAGGGUGUCUUUAUUGCACUGAUCCUUCCUUUUCUUGAAAAUUAAAACAUCUGAAGCCGAGUGGAGAAGUUGAUUUGCUAAUAAGGAGAGGAAAGAAUCGGUGGCGAGUCAGAUUUUGGAGGCGCGGCCAUUAUAUUGAGAAAGAUCUUGCGAGAUGAUGCUGGGUCUAGAGUGCCGCUUCGGUUUUGUUAAUCGCAUAAGUGGUUCUGCGAUGCUGUGCGAGUGGCAUCUGCAGCAACUUUUACUAGGUUUAUAGCACCACAUAUAUUCAUUGUCACUUUCCGGGGUUGGCCGAGUCAUAAUCAAAUAGGCUUUUUAUGCCUGGGGAAACCUUUUCUCUUCCGCACCUGCUGGAAAUGGGCUGUUGUGGUUGCUUUGGUUUCCUGAAGAAGUCCUCCCACAGAUCUUUAUUUUCAAUCCGUAGCCUUGGAAGUCAAAUUCCACCGGAGUUUUUUCUACCAGAAACAUUUGAAGAUGGUGAUUGCAUCUCAUAUAGUGGAGCUAGCGACGGAAGCACCAGGCUUCCUGCUAAAAAACCUGAAGAGAUACUUCUUGCAAGGGCUCAAAGUGGAUGGAUUUGCAGGGAACUGCCUGUAAAGCAAACUUGGAAGGUUACAGUCUGUGAGGAUGAGCAUGGAAAUAAGAUGGUGAAUGAAUAUGUUCGGGAAUGCAAGAUUGGUUCUGGUAGUUAUGGAAAAGUGGUAUUGUAUCAAAGUACUGAAGAUGGGAAAAAGUAUGCCAUUAAGGUUUUUCACAAGUCACAUUUGCUGAAGUUGCGUGUGGCACCAUCUGAGACUGCAAUGAAUGAUGUUCUUAGGGAGGUUUCAAUCAUGAAAAUGUUGAGUCAUCCCAACAUAGUUAAUCUUUUGGAGGUGAUUAAUGAUCCACUGUCGGAUCACUUCUACAUGGUCUUAGAGUAUGUGGAAGGUAAGUUGGUAUGUGAAGGUUCUGGUCCAGAAGGCCGCAUUGGAGAAAGUAAAUCUAGAAGAUACUUGAGAGAUGUUGUUGCUGGUCUCCUGUAUCUCCACGCUCAUAAUAUUGUCCAUGGGGAUAUUAAGCCUGAUAACCUUUUGAUUACCAGUACUGGAGUAGUGAAGAUUGGAGAUUUCAGUGUCAGUCAAGUUUUUGAGGAUGAUAAUGAUGAACUUCGAAGAUCUCCUGGAACUCCCGUCUUUACCGCUCCAGAGUGCUGUUUGGGAUUAACCUAUCAUGGCAGAGCUGCUGACACAUGGGCUGUCGGCGUCACUCUAUAUUUCAUGAUUGUUGGUCGAUACCCAUUUCUUGGAGAGACACUUCAGGAAACUUAUGACAAGAUCGUUAACAACCCAUUGGUGUUACCUGAUGACAUCAAUCCGCAGCUUAGAAAUUUGCUAGAACGUCUUCUCUGCAAAGAUCCCAAGCACCGAAUUACCUUGCUUGCUGUGGCGGAGCAUCCUUGGGUUGUUGAAGGGGAUGGCCCUAUACCGGAGUACCCAUGCCGGCACAAAAAUUUUGUCAAAUUAUCUUCAAAUUAAUGGGUUACUUGGAGAGGUGAUGAUGAGUGUUUGAAUGGCAAUAAUUAUGGAAUGAUCACAGACCUUGAGCCUUGUUCUUUUGUGAGUAUGUUAUAUUAUUUCCCUAAUAUUUUGAGCUCGUUUUUUUUAAUUAUUGUAAGAGAGAAUCUGUGGUUUUAUGCCAUGGACAAUAUUGUGUAUAUUUUUUUUCUUUUAUGUUGGUAAUGAACAUUUCAGUGCAAUUAUUUAAGAGACAAUACAAAA